AUGGACAAACUGCUCGCCGUCCAACGCCAUCUCCGCUCCAUGGUAGACGCCCCGGCCACGCAGUUCGCUUGCGCCUACUGGAACGCUAACGUGGCCAAUAAUAUGAUCUUCCGCAUGGAGGAAGUUGAACAGGCCUUCGACCGCCUCGGCAGCAUCAUCACCGGCUCCCCGGAGGUGGACGCUUGCAUGGAAAUUGCAUAUGAAGCCCGCCACUUGUCGUCGGCCAUCGCUAAUUUGGAGAUGCGGGUCCUUAUUGCCGAGCCCGGCGGCGAAUCCAUUCUGUGCGACACCUCCCACACGGCCGAUCUCACCAAUGCUUCUACGCAAUCCCUUCACACGCCCAACGACACCUUCACCGCGGCUGAGGGCCCAAUCAUCACCGAGCGGGAUGACCUUCCCACUCACCUCAGCUACUCGUGCGAAUCGUUCAAGUCGGCCGCCGAUACCCUGCCCGAAAGCGUUGCGGUGAGCUCCAAGGCUCGGGUUGAGAUUACUGAGAGCGAGACUCGCCCAAUGUUCGUCUCCACGACCGUCAUCGAUGACAAGCACUUCGUGAACCCGGUGGCCCAGUCGCCGAUGUGCCCGACCGCCCGCGACAAGUCGACUGAUUCGAUCACCACGGCGGAUGUUCAGCCAUCGGCGGUGACCGCCGACGUCCACACUAACCCCUGCAACACUUACACAGCUGAUUGCUUCACUGCCCACGAGAUCCCCAGCUCUUAUGUGAUCUCCGCGAACAACGACGAGAGCAUGGUCGAGCCGCUGACGUCGGUGUUCACGGCUAUGGAAGGGUCUGGAACCACCUUGAACCUGAAGACCACCACCGCUCGUAGCCGUUCGCCUGCGGUGGCCCCCUCCGCGAGCCUGGUGGUAGGUGGGCCUUCCGGCCGCCGAAUGACGGCGUUCCGGCUUAUUCAGAGCAUGCUGACGGCGCGAGGCCUGUCUCUCGAGGAUCUGCGCACGGCCAUCUCGACCACCACGCCCACUCACCUCGCACGCUGGGAUAAUGAGCUCAACACCGAGCACACCCAAAACGACGUCUCCGAAGUGGGCGCCGAU